UUUUGACAAAAAACCCAAUUGAUCUUUUGGUCUUUGACAAAACCCCAAAUGGAUGAUAAAAGAUUCCGAUAUGUACAUUGAGGCAUGUAGUGUGUGAAUGGCAUCCAGAUCAGACAGGUAAAUUCUGGCAGAUCGAAUACCGCCUGCGCUACCCAGGUCAGCUUGAUUUCACGUGUCAGAAGUGUGCGCCUGUUAACUGAGGCCAUCAUAAAUACCGAUCAUAAAACUUCUUGAAACGCGAGUGCCAACUGAUAUCAAAGCCUGCCUUCAUGAUGGGUACAAAUCUUCAGGGAGUGGACGCUGUGUGGGUCGCCCUGCGUCCCUGGGGGCGAUUCCAGGUCUUCCAACUUGCCCUCGUGCUUGUUGACUUCUUCCCGAGCGCCUUCGCCAUCCUCAGCGCGGUAUUCACAGGAUACAUCCCGGAAUUCACAUGUAUGGAUGCCGUGGACGGUGGGAACCAGACUGCUGACCGGAAGUUCGAGGUCCAUGAUGACCAGUGCUAUUACGACGUAUUUUCAGUUCAUGGAAAUCAGUCCACCCUUCUCGAAACAAGACAAUGCACGAACUUUUCCUAUGGCUACGAACACACAUAUGCUUCUGAGUGGGGCCUGGUUUGCAAGCGUUCAAACUUGGCGGCUCUUGCUCAGUCACUUGUGAUAGCCGGGCAAGGCAUCGGUGCCCUCACCAUGUCACACGUGGCGGACCGCGUCGGCCGGAAGACGGUUCAUGUGAUCUCGCACUUGGGUAUCCUAAUCACGAUGGGCAUCAUGGCGGCAUCGCCGAAUAUUUACAUGCUGUUGGUGCUCCGACUUGUGGCUGGGACCUUUCAACAGGGCAUGGUCUGUACUGGAAAGAUCCUGGCGCUAGAAACAUUCCCGCGAAAGCAGCGAUCCCAUAUCGAGGCUGCCACCUUCCUGGCCUGGUCCUUCGGCAUUAUGGCCCUCACGCUGAUUGGUUGGCUCUUCCAGUCUGUUGACUGGCGCUACCUGCAGCUCGCACUUGCCGCCUGCUCGCUGUAUGCGGUGUUUCAGUGGUGGAUAAUGGACGAAUCUGUCCGAUGGUUGGUCAGCAACGGCCGGAUCAAGGAAGCUAAACGCAUUCUGCGGAAGGCUGCUAGAUGGAACAACGUCGACUAUGCGAAGGUUGAAGCUGCCUUUGAGGCGCACGUGCAUGUUGGAUCAGUUUCGUCCGAACCUGACAGACCGCUCAUUUCUAUUGACAAGAGCAACGAGGACAACGGAGAUGAACUUAAUGAAAAUGGUACGCAAUCUGAGAAUGAAAACGAAGUAGCUGGUGUAGAAAAAUACACUGUGAUUGACAUUCUACGGAACCCUGCCCUUCGGGCAAAUACGCUCAUACUGUGGUACAGUUGGAUCGUGGCUACGGGCACGUACUACGGGCUUACGUUGGUCUCUUCUCAUCUGGCCGGCGACCGCUUCGUUAACUUCUUCCUCAGUGGUGCAAUCGAAGUACCAUCUCUCACCCUAGAGUUCUACCUGUUUAACAAGAUCGGACGGAAACGGACACUGAUCCUAUGGUUCGCGAUAGCAGCCACCACAUUGGUGAUAUCGACCGCUAUUUUAACAGCCUUUCCUGGAGUCGGGACGGCGGCCAUAGUGGCGACAGGUUUUUCUCUAGUGGGCAAGUCCGCCAGCACUGGUUCGUUCAGCACUGUCUUUCUCUACACGCCCGAGAUCUACCCCACUAACUACAGAAAUAGCGGUCUGGGGAUUGCGUCAUCCAUCUCCCGAAUUGGUGGUCUUCUAGCGCCGUUUGCAAGUAAUUUGGCCUUAAUCGCCAUGUGGAUUCCGGGCGCCAUCUUCGCAACAAUGUGUUUCAUUGUGGUACUCCUGGCGAUGCGACUUCCGGAAAGCGCCACCCACGAACUUCCGGCUACCAUUGCGGAGUGUGACUCGUGGAAAAAACGCGGAAAGUCAGGGACGGGAAAUACUGCAGCAUAACUUUUUUUCUCUUUUUUAAUAGAAUAAUUUUCCUGUGUGUUUUUUUUAAUUAUCGCUCAUGGAAUAAUAUGACUGUGUGUUUUUUUUUAAUUAUCAAUCAUGUUUUACAUUAUUUGAAUGAAAAUGACAGUAUUGUUAUAUGAUAUUGAUACAUGCUCAGAUUUAUACAGAGAAGAGUGAUUUCAGUUCAAACUACAUACAUGAAAUUUAUGCAUAGUGUUCUAACUGUGUUGUCAAAUGUAAUAACUGAAUUGUGAAAAUCAGACCAGUAUUCGCAAUCUCAUGGCUGAAAAUUGCUGUGAGUGUAUUGUUUUGUUUGGUUAACUUUUAACGAUUUCUAUGAAAUACAAGUACUUUGUGGGCAUGCACACUCUUUGUUGAAGUUGUCUGGAAGUUUUCGUCGCAGUCGGAAACAGAUUGCGGCAUCAUCGACACUGGUCUACAAUGCCGAAUGCGCGCAAUUAAAAUUAACAUUUUGUUCAGUGAGAAUAAAAACUUUCUUCUUCUUUCGGUGUAUACAAAACAUGUGUAUAAAAUCAUCUUUGUGAGCACUGCUACAUCAAGCUAUAACACCUUAUUCCAACGCUCAAUUAAUCGUGACGUCACGCCCAGGAGCGGUCAGAUGUUGGAGCCACUCCCUUCGGUGGUUCAGGCCGGACUGUCGGCGGUAGUUUGCGGUAAUGCAACUAUAUUAUGCGAGUCGGCGACGCUCCUAAUAAAAUCAUGCUUUUGAAUGAUGUUUAAAUAAUCAACGAAUUUCCUGCCAGCUAUGAAACGGCAUCCAAAGUUAUGCACCUGCUAGUAGUGUUGUUUGGUGGUGGGCACUGCCAUUAUUUCAAGGGAUGAACUCAAAACCGCUCUUAGUGGCAUUGGAGAAAGGAGCGGUGUUACUCUUUAAUCGCACGCUUAAGUGAAAUUGUUUUUUCUCAAACACUGAUGUUCCGGGCGAGGCAAAAUACAAGGAAACUUGACAAAUAACCAUAAAGUGUGACCUUAACCUACAUACCUGGGUCUUGCACGCGACACUCCAUCUUCACGUGAUGAACAUUUGUGCCAAGAUAUUUUUAAGUUCUUGGUCAAGUUACAGCCAAGACAAUCAACACAAAUGACAUGGAAAAGUGGUUAAUCAUGCCACGUUGUGUCCACAUAAGAGUAAAUAAAUAAGAAAUAAAUAAUGCUCGCGCUAGUGAGGACAUAAAACUGA